AUGGCCUGCCGCUCGCGUCCUCGAGACCUGGGGGGCGAUUCUUCCUCCUCCACUUCGCCAGAGAGAGCUAUAGAUGAGGAUAACGACUUUUUCAUGCUCGAAGCAAACGACUCGCAGUCAUCGAUAGGCGUUGGGAAUUUCCGAGAUCUCCGCGUGGACUCCAGGCGUAGUCAAGAUAUGCCACUGCCACCGAUAUACCGACUGCCUCCAGAGAUCCUCAUUGCUAUCUUUUCAAAGCUCUCGUCUCCGCUAGACCUACUGAACUGCAUGAAGGUCUCCUCGUGUUGGUCGAUGAACUGCGUGGGCAUUCUAUGGCACAGGCCACUCUGCAAUACAUGGGACAACCUGCUCAAGAUAGCACAUGCAAUCUCGGAUGAAGAAAGCUACUUCCCAUACUACGACUUGGUCAAACGCCUGAAUCUCACGACCCUGAAGAGCAAGGUCAACGACGGAACCGUCUUUUCGUUUGUCAAAUGCAAACGGAUCGAGAGGCUGACCCUGACUGGCUGCAAGAACGUCACCGAUAAGGGAAUUUCAGACCUAGUGGAGGGGAACAGGCAGCUCCAGGCACUGGAUGUGUCUGAUCUCGAAUCCCUAACCGACCAUUCUUUGAACGUUGUUGCCGCCAACUGCUCCAGGCUCCAGGGCCUAAAUAUCACCAACUGCGCUAACAUUUCUGAUGACUCCCUGGUCCAACUUGCACAAAACUGCCGACAGCUCAAACGGCUGAAAUUGAAUGGUGUAGCUCAGCUUACGGACAGGUCUAUCCUGGCCUUUGCUAAUAACUGCCCUUCGAUGCUCGAGAUCGAUCUCCACGGAUGUCGACAUAUCACCAACGCCUCGGUAACCGCACUUCUUUCUACCCUGCGAAGCCUCCGAGAAUUGCGCCUAGCCCAUUGUAUACAAAUAAGCGAUGAAGCUUUCCUUAGACUUCCUCCAAAUUUGGUAUUCGACUGCCUUAGGAUUCUAGACCUCACUGCUUGCGAGAGAGUCAAAGAUGACGCAGUCGAGAAGAUCAUUGAUUCUGCACCAAGGCUGAGAAACCUCGUACUUGGAAAGUGCAAAUUUAUUACGGACCGAGCUGUUUAUGCCAUCUGCCGACUAGGGAAGAAUAUUCACUACAUCCACCUAGGCCAUUGCUCUAAUAUCACCGAUCAAGCCGUUACUCAAAUGGUGAAAUCCUGCAAUCGAAUCCGAUACAUUGAUCUGGCAUGCUGCAACCGCCUCACCGACGCAAGCGUUGAGCAACUGGCAACACUGCCAAAAUUACGAAGAAUAGGACUCGUUAAAUGCCAGGCUAUUACUGAUCGAAGCAUACUAGCACUGGCAAAGCCCAGGUUCCCACAGCAUCCCUUGGUCAGUGGCCUUGAAAGGGUGCAUCUGAGUUAUUGUGUCAACUUGACUGUAGAGGGAAUACACUCUCUUCUGAAUUACUGUCGCCGACUGACUCAUCUGAGUUUGACCGGUGUCCAUGCAUUUUUAAGAAAUGACUUGACCAAGUUUUGCCGGGCUGCCCCAGAUGAGUUCACUCCUCUUCAAAGAGAGGUCUUCUGCGUUUUUAGCGGCGAUGGAGUCGGACAACUACGAGAAUACCUCAACCAUUCUGCUCUUCGAGAACGGUCUGGAACAGCAGUGACCAUGUAUGAUGAUGACGAGUCUCCUGACGAAGUUGACAGCCAGCCAUCGGUAUCUGGCCUUUUGAAUGCUGCGGCUAUCAAUGAUGGAGACGAUCACCCAAUGACUGUGACACAACACUAG